GCAGCGCUGAGGCUCCUGCUUGACCGGCAGCAGCAUCACUCACACCUGACAAACUGAAGCAGCUACUCUGCAACCCGAAGAAUAAACUUUUUCACCCCCUUAAAUUUAUGUCUGUAAAGGAAAAAAAACCACAACGACAAUCCUGAGUAACUGAAGGUGUGGGACCAUGUUGGAAUUAAAUAAGGUGGCACUGCUGCUGUCCUUCCUGGCUUCGCUGGCUCUGGGCCAAGGAUCUCUGAGGACCAGAAGUCAGUCAGACAGGAGUAAGAGAGUGGCCUUCAACAUGUUCGCUGACACACAGACAACAGGCGUGACAGAGUGGACGUCUUGGUUCAACAUCGACCAUCCUGGAGGGAAUGGAGACUACGAGCGCCUGGAGGCAAUCCGUUUCUAUUACAGAGAGAGAGUUUGUGCACGGCCCAUGGCUAUGGAGGCUCGCACUACAGACUGGGUGGCUGCGGCAGACACUGGGGAAGUGGUCCACUCCAGUCUGGAAAAGGGCUUCUGGUGCAUCAACAAGGAACAGCCCCAUGGACGUGUCUGCUCCAACUACCACGUCCGCUUUCAGUGUCCCCCAGUGCAGAGCUACUGGACUGAGUGGAGUGAGUGGGGUCCCUGUUCAACCAUGGUGUGUGAUGACGUAGGCAUCCAGGUGCGACAGAGGAAAUGUGUGAACACCCAGCCCAUGCCUCUCCUGUUGGUGCCAGCGUGCCAGGGGCACCAUUCAGAAAGGAGGGAGUGUUCCACCCCUCCGUGUACAGCUGAGUGGAGUCCAUGGGGCCGGUGGGGCUCAUGUUCAGUGACUUGUGGUGGAGGUCGCAGGAUCAGGAGGAGAACCUGUGUGAGGACAUCAGUUACAAUUCAGUGUACUGGACGACCUAUUGAAAUUCAGAAGUGUGGGAAGGGUCCAUGCCCAGCUAAAUGCCGGCAUGUGUGCACAGAGGGUCUUCCCAGUGAGGAUUGCAGUCGGUGUGUGUGUGACAGCCACAUGCUGCAUGGAGAAGUUCACAGUGUGACUGGCGUCCCUGUGGCAGGAGCCCGGGUGGCACUGGCCAGCCAGCCCAAGGUAAUCCGUGCUCAUACAGAUGCCAAAGGUCAGUUCAGGCUCCCAGGAGUCUGCUCCUCCAGCUCUACUUUGAUCUCCAUCAGAAAGGAGAAGUUUGCCCCGAUCUCUGUCUCUACCACCAGCAACACCACAGGGCUGUCCUGGGUACACGCUGUCCUCAAAACAGCUGAAAAGCCGUACAUUGUGAAGCACCCAGAGGACAAAGUGCGUUACGAGGGAGGACGGGUUGUGUUGUGCUGCAAGGCAACGGGAUCACCAGCACCUGACAAAUACUACUGGUACCACAAUGGGACUCUGCUGGACAGGAUGGUGUACAAGUACGAAGAGGACCUUGUUCUGCGAGACCUGAAGCCUGAGCAGUCAGGGCAGUACUACUGCAAAACCAGUAGCCCUACAGGCAGCAUCAAGUCCUCUGCAUCCUUCCUCACUGUGAUUGCAAAAGGUACACCAGCAUGUAAUUCCACCCCUGAGACGCACCUCAUCAGACUGCCAGUGGACUGUGUUCAACCUGGGACUGACUCCAAGUACUACAAUGCUGGCCGCUGCCCUCACAACAAAUGUGCUGGCUCUUUAGACUUUGAUAUGCGCUGCAGAGAUGGAACUGCAUUCUGCUGUGGGGUUCAAAAUAUGGAAAGUCGCAUGAUUGACUGUGGGAGCUACAGCCUCCCUAUCCGGGCUGUGACGCAGUGCAGCUGUCAGAAGUGUGUGCAGCCAACGGUGCUGGUUCGUGGUAGAGUGGUUACAGCUGACAAUAAUGAGCCUUUGCGUUUUGGUCACAUCUACAUUGGUAAAGAGAGAGUAGGCACCACUGGAUACCAAGGAAGUUUCACAUUACAAAUUACUCCUGAUACACAGAGAUUAGUGGUAAAUUUUGUUGACCCCACUGAGAAAUUUCUUGACACUCCUAAGGUGUUCAUCUUUGAUAAGAAAGGUGGGUCCAUCUACCAUGAUGUAAAGGUGAUGAGAAAGCAGACUCCAAUUGAUAUCAAUGCAGGAGAAACCAACUCUAUUAACCUUGGGGAAAUAAAAGGUGAAGACCCCAUUGGCCAAUUGGUUAUUCCUCCCAACUCCUUCCACAAGGACAAUGGAGAAAUAUAUGAGGGCACCGUGAAAGCCAGCGUAACAUUCAUCGACCCAAGAAAUAUCACCACAGCAGCUGCGGCCCCUGGUGAUCUCAACUUUGUGGAUGAUGAGGGUGACAUGCUCCCUUUGAGGACCUAUGGUAUGUUCUCUGUGGACUUCAGAGAUGAGACCAACAAGGAGGUACUUGGAGCUGGAGCUGUUCAAGUCCUUCUUGACACACAACAUGUCAAAAUGCAAGAGCACAUUCCCAAAAUGAAACUGUGGUCUUUAAAUCCAGACACAGGAGUCUGGGAAGAGGAAAGUGACUUCACAUACACUGCAACAACUACUGGCGGUCAUGGGCGGAGCAAACGAGAGGAGCGCACAUUCCUCAUAGGCAACAUGGAAAUCAGAGAACGUCGGCUCUUCAAUUUAGACGUGCCUGAAAACAGACGCUGCUAUGUCAAAGUCCGUGCCUACAUGAGUGACAAGUUCCUGCCUAGUGAACAGCUGGAGGGUGUUGUGAUCAGCUUGAUAAACUUGGAGCCCAAACCUGGUUAUUCUUCUAAUCCUAGGGCAUGGGGACGCUUUGACAGUGUCAUUACUGGACCCAACGGGGCCUGUUUACCAGCUUUCUGUGAUGCUCAAAGGCCUGAUGCUUACACAGCUUAUGUCACAGCAAUGAUGGGUGGAGAAGAACUGGAGGCAGCUCCCUCCUCCCCCAAGAUGAAUCCAAACAUCAUUGGAGUAUCUCAGCCAUACCUGGAUAAAAUAGACUACCAGCGCUCAGACCACGAGGAUCCAGCUCUGAAGAAAACAGCUUUCAGAAUCAACUUGGCAAAGCCAAACCAAAAUAAUCUUGACGAGACCAAUGGGCCAAUAUACCCCUAUCAGAAUUUAAUAGCUUGUGAAAAUGCCCCUGUUGAUGCAAAUCAUUUCAGAUUCUUCAGAGUGGAAAAGGACAAGUACGAAUACAAUGUUGUUCCUUUUGAGGAAAAUGAUUUGACAACCUGGACGGGAGACUACCUCUCCUGGUGGCCUAACCCUCAGGAGUUCAGAGCGUGCUUCAUUAAGGUGAAGAUCCAUGGACAAAAGGAAGUGAUGGUGAGGUCAAGGAAUCUAGGAGGAACACAUCGAGACACAAAAGGGAAACUUUAUGGCAUUAGAGACAUUCGCAGCACCAGGGACAUGCGAGAGGCCAAUGCCUCAGCAGCCUGUGUAGAGUUCAAAUGCAGCGGCAUGUUGUUUGAUCAAGCUGAGGUAGACAGAUCCCUUAUAUCAGUACUUCCUCAAGGGAACUGUCGCAGGAUUGGCACCAACAGUCUCCUACAUGAGUAUCUCAUCAAGCAUCCACCAGUGGCUCAAAAUAAUGAGUCCCAUGCAUUCACUAUGCUAGCACCUGUUGAUCCUUUGGGACACAAUUAUGGCAUCUACACAGUCACAGACCAGAAUCCCAGGGUGGCCAAGGAGAUUGCUAUAGGCCGCUGCUUUGAUGGCACCUCAGAUGGUUUCUCCAGGGAGAUGAAGUCAGACUCUGGAGUGGCGCUGACCUUCAGCUGUCCAGAGAGGAAAAUCAGCAGAGAGAGCCUUUUCCAACGCCUGCAGACCAACCCAGGUCAGACUCUAUCUCAGAUGGCAAGGGACAUGAGGGAGUCAGAGGGUCUGCAGGUGCAGAGAUCAUCCACCCAGAUGGUGACGUAUCCUUCUGAACAGCGGGUCAGGACCCAGAGUCGCAGAGUCAGCUCUACAACCAGGAGGCGAGUGUCCAUGCGCACACAGCAACGCCAAUAGACAUGUCAAGAGGUCUUCAGUCAAGACUGACAUGAUGGCAUCAAGUCAAGGGAGUAAAAACUGCCCAUCUGUUGAUGAGUAUAAAUUCCCUCCUGACUAUGGAAACCACAAAACCAAGGCAGACAGCAAUUCAGCAAAAUUGAUGAGUGGGAUUAAACAUAUUCAUUAGACUUAUACUUACUUGAAGGGUUUGGUAUAUAAAUUUCUUCUUUCCCUCCUUAAAGACAUGCAUCACUUGUCUAUAUUUAAUGCAGUGACUGGCAUUUACUUAAUUAGCUUUGGUCUCAUGUUAUGUAUGAAUAGAUUAACUUGAUGUUGGAGAAUGUAACUUUUAUAACUUUUGUGGCAUUCCAUUUUCCCCAUGGUGGACAAUUUUGCUGAUGUCACUCAACACUUGAGUUGAAACCAAACCUUCAAAAACUAUAAAUACUACGCCAGGCCACAAACACUUCAUAAUUGGCCAUUUCUUUCCACUGAACUUCUCUUCAAGAUCAGAAAGAAACCAACUUUAGGUCCUUGUUGUCUGCAGCAGACACUGAGCCUUUUUUCUACAAACUGGGAGGCACACUCAAGAGACAUGUUGGGUGCAGUGGGGUGAGGCAUGCUACCCAGGGAACAGAGGAUGUUUUCAAUUAUACUUCUCAGUGUUUUUCAUUAAUGUGCCACAUUUCCAACUGUGAUUCAUUCAAAUGUCCUUCACACCUACUUAGAAUGCGCAAAACCGAAGCCUUUGCCAAGACAAACAGGCAGUCUAAAAUGAAGACAGUUGAUUGACAGAUAUGAGUUAAUCUCCUUUUUGUCAUGUGCACAUUCUAAAUUACCAUCACCAAACAAAAUGUUACUGGAAAACUUUAUAUUCCCAUUGUCAGAAACCAUUACAGAGACUCAUUCAUGAUCUAAAUUGAUUUUGCUUUUAUUGUUGAUUUAUGUGUUUGUCAGCUGCCUUUGUAUCUUGAAGUGCAAUAACUAUAUAACUUAACUUAAACGUUUUUUGAGCUCAGCAUGUAACAAACUAUUACAGGACAUAAACAUGCUGCUGGUGAAUAAAAGCAACAACUCCCUCAGUAUGUGUGACAGUUAGAUAAGGUGUUUGUACAAGAUCUUGCACAGGACUUUUUUUUGUGAUUUUCCACAGAUAGUUUAACUAAUAUGUCAUGUAAUCAUACUUCAAUUCUCUCAACUACGUAGAAUCUAUUAACCUUUUCACACUUUGCUGCAUGACUCUGUUGACUUUAACAACUGCACAUCAGUAAUCUUUUCAACUUCAGAGAGCAAUAUUCUUAGUGGGAGUUAAAACUCUCAGUGGAACCCUCUCCUCAUUAACAACCCUUACUGUGUGAUUCUUACACAUAAGAAUGAAGAUUACGCAGUGACACACAUGAAUUUACUGCCGAAGGUUUCAGAAAUCCUGCAGUUUUUACAAUAUGGGUACACUUAAAGAAUAUAGCUUUAUAGUGACUGAGACAGAUAUAUUUUGGACCUAAAAAUACUAGGCUAUUUUAAUAUAGGUUGGUCAUAGGAAGAAGUUUACCUUGGAGAUUAACACUUGGUUUAUAUAUCUGCAAAAUGGAUGCUUGCAGACCCAAGGGAGAAACUCUUCAAGCUGAACUAAUCCAAAAUCAAAUAAGGGGGACCAUGGAGAGACCAGGAGCAGCUAACAAUUAAAUAUAAUCCUUCUGUUAAUUAAAAAUUAAUUUACAUGUUCUUGUGAGGACUAUUAAAACAGCUCGACCCUGACUUUCACAAACAGCUAAAUAAGUUAAUUUCCAGGAUAUAAAGAAUAAAGUUAAGUAACCAACAGUAUACUGGGCCCAAGGAGAUUAUGGUAAAAACAUAUUUAAAUUAAAUCAUCUAAAUCAAUCAAAAUGACACCCAGCCCACAAUACAGUUAACUCUUGGAAGUGUUUAAGCUAGAUCCAUUUAACUCUCAUUACAUACUUAUUCUUAAUGGGAAACCGAUUUAUUGUUUAAUGUGUGCUAAUAGGUGGAAGUUGUAUGUAUAAAUGAAAAGCAUUUAUUGUAACCCUCCACUUGAAACCCAUGUUGAACAACAGUCUCUUUCCAUUAUGCACCAUGACCAGCGCUCUCCAUAAAAAUGCUUGAAACAGAGUAAUACAGGGUGACAACAUGCAGUACCUUCGGCAUUAUCACUGACCUCUCUAAUCACAGGCCUGUUUGCCAUCCAUGACUGAACAGCUCAGUUCUCGAGAUGAAAACAAACAUCUCCCCACAGCAGAUGUAGCAUCCACCCUGUACGACAGAUGAUGAUUGAAUCCAGGUGUGGGAAGAGAUAAGUCCCAUAAAAAUGCAAUGGUGUGUCAGGUCAGCUAAGGAGGCCCAACAGCUGUAGAGCAACUGGAGGAAAUGUUAGACCAAAGACUUCAAGAGAAAGAGGAAUGAGAUUAUCUCGUGAUGGAUUUAAUAAUUUUGGGGAGCUGUUUGGUAAAUGGAAAAAGCGAAGGGAAAAUAUUAGUGGUCUUUGGCCUCACAGUCAAUCACUUACAGAAUAUCAGGCUUCAAAAGUGGUUGCACAUGGAAGAAUGCAGGUUUUGGGGCGAGAAUGCUUUGACAGGAGAAUUGGCUUAUUCAUGAAGAGACUUUAUCAGGGGAGCUUGAAGGACAAGGUAACAAUAAUAGGCUGAGUAAACCUUUAUAUAAGGCUUUGCAUGGGAAAGUAAGCUGUGCUCUCCAAACAGUUACUUUGCCUUCUGGGGAACUUCAAAGGAGAUUAAAGAAGCUCUGCAAUGUUUGGUUUAAUGAAUUAAGAGAAACUUUUCAAAGUUUUUAGAAUCAAAUAAAAGGAGUUUAAGACUGAAUCCAAAAGGUAAAUUAUAUUGCAAAGAAAAUGUUUCUCUUUCUGCAUCUUAUUGGAAGAGGCAGUAGUAGAAACAACCUUUUAAUUUUACAGGGAUUCAAUGUUAAUAUCACAUAUAGGGCUUAAAGGCGCCUUAUGUGUGUUUACAUGUUCAAAUGAAUAGUUGGACAUUUUGUGAAAUAAGCUUAUUCACUUUCUUGCUGAGUACAUUGUUUUUGUCCACAAAACCUGCAGUGCAGGACUUUUACAUAUAAAUGAAAAUCUGUGCCAUUCAGUCCUUUGCCAAAGAGGUUUACACAAUGCUAAUUAAGCCUAUUAAGCCUUAAACCCCACAGCCAGAUAAAGCACCAGCAGUGAUGCUUUUUACAUCAACCAGCAAAGAUUGAUUUGCUAGGAAGAAGCAACCACAGCGACAGAGUAGCCUACAAACAGGAGCAUGGCAGAGCCAAUGCCUUCAUAAGCAGACAGUGUUUGUGUAAUUACUCUCAUUGCCCAAAGGGGGAAGCAAAAGUUUCACAGUGUAGGUUUAAAUAAGAGGCCAUGGAAAAAUAUUCAGUUACCUUAGCUUAGCACACAAACUGUAAGUAGGAGAAACGAUUAGCCAGUCUCCUGGAAAUCUGCUGAUAGCAUGACAACUUCAUGGUGAUGGCAGGUUAUUUGUCCAUUUUAGCGCAAAAAACACAAGACAUUAAAUAUUUUUACUGAGCUUUAAAGGAGCUGGUGGGCGACGUUGUAUUUACGUUUGCACAAA